UAACGAAAAAAAUCACGGAAGAGAUUCGGCAGCGGUUCGAGUUUGACAAGUUUUUUUUUUUUUUCUUUUGAGGUAGCCUAGGGAAGAAAAGGGAAAGGAAAAAAAGAGGUUUAACUGCAGCUACUGCGAAGUGUCAAUCCGUGCUGUCCCCAUUUUAGGAGCGAAAGCAAAGAUGGAGGCAGCAAUUAAAACCGUGGUGAACGUGUUCCUGAAGUCAUCCAAGGGCAAGGAAAACCUCGGAGGGAAGGAGUUCCAGAGCCUCGUGAAGAGCCAGCUAAAAAACAUUGUGACGGGCUCAGAGGACAAUGAGGCAGUAAAAAACAUGCGUCAACAGCUUGACAACAACCAGGAUGGGAAGGUCAGCUUCCAGGAGUAUAUGAUUCUGAUUGGCUAUCUGGCGCAGGCUGUUAGCGAACAGCGCUCUUUGGAAAAAGAAACACAACCAGAGAGUUCAACCCAGGAGACGCAGGCUGAGGCGGCAGCCAAUGCACAGGCAGAGCCACUGAAGGCAGAGCCACUGAAGGCAGAGCCACUGAAGGCAGAGCCACUGAAGGCAGAGCCACAGAAGGCAGAGCCACCGAAGGCAGAGCCACCGAAGGCAGAGCCACAGGCGGCAAAGGAGGUGGAGAAAGAAGACGAGCCAGUGACCGAGGAGGCAGCGGCCGAAGAGCAGAAGCCAGAGGAAGAGAAAAAAACAGAUGUGGAACAGGAAGGGGUGAAAGUUGAAGAGAAUAAAGCUGAAGAGAAGAAUAAAACAGAGGAAGCAUCAUAGGAGCCCGAGGAAGUGGAGAUUGUCGCAUCUCAAAUGCUUCUGUGUUUGUUUUGUUCGUCAUUUUCAUUGUGAUAUUUUAAUACAUAUAUAUGAAACCUGGCCAAUACACUACAAAUUUUUUACUGCAAAGAGCCGUAGCCCUCUCAUUACAGUUUUUUUUUUUACAAUGGCUAGGACACAUUUCUCAAUACUUUUCAAAACUCUUCACACUGUUCUCCUUACCAACGUUCAGCUUGGCACUUCAGUAGAUUUCACGUCCAAAAUGCACUUAAAACACCAAAACACUUAAUAGCAUUACACUAGUUAAGGUUGUCGCCUAACAAACACCCUUUAGGGCUUUUCACACUUGAAAUAGUUAACCCUGAAAUAACCCUCUGUAACGUUCUUAUUUGCGGUGUCGGUGUCAAUGAAUGGAUGAACGCAGAACACGACCUGUUUACACAACGGCUCUAGGCAUCCUCGUAUUGCACUGUACAUUUCCUGAAUGGACUUUUCAGUGGACUAUAAAAGUAAAAAUAAAGCAGUCUCUUUCUGCUUUCUGUCACCAUUUGACAAUUUCCCCCUCAAUCGUUGAAACGACAUAUAACGCACGUUUCCAAAGUUCAAGAAUACGAGGCACGUGAUCGCUAACACUGUCUCGUUUCACACGGUACACGUUUGCCACAUGGUGCUAGCGGUAUAUAACACCAGGUUAAAAGUGGCGCGAACCCUAAAAACGCGAGGUUAAUCGCAGUGUGAAAAGCCCUUUUGUCAUUCAUAAAACAACGACCUAAAAACCAACACCAACAAGAGAUGUAGCAUUUUUUUUCUGUUUUCCUAUGUAAAAUUACUUUACAAACAAGAACGACACCUCUUCACUGUUUAGAAUUCACUGCAGUAGGCUAUAUGUUACAUGGUCCAUGUUUACAUUACAGUAUAAAAUUAUAAGUUUAGGUGUUUAGCCAGGCUACCUAAUUGUUUUGAUAGUAUCUCAUUUUUUAAGAUUUGGAAUAUAUUUAAAUAUAAUAUUACUGUAGAAGUGUAGCAAAUUGGUGUCUUUCUGUUUUGUGUUAUGUCUAGUUUCGAACUCAAGUUUAAAGGUUGUGAAAAAAGUAUGUAAAUGUGCAAAUUGACCUUUAGGUACAUAGAAUUUUGGUGGUGGUUGUGUUUGCGUGAGAAAAUUGUUAAUGUAAUAUGAGAGAUGUUUAGUCAUUAAAUGCAUUUUGUGCCAAAGCAAUGGAAAAUGAUUUCCAGUUUUGUCCACAGACUGCUGUAGUUUACAAUGUGAAGAGUUUUGAAAAAGUGACCUAUUGAGAAAUGGGUCCUGGCAAUUGUAAAAAACUGUAAUACUAAUUUCUGUUUGUAUGCACAUCAAUUCAUGCCUGUGAUUUAUUAUGUACUAAUAGUGUAUAGAAAUUGGCAAUAGCCGCAAAUGUGACAAAUGGCCAAAGAGGUGCAAUAACUAAUCACUAUGUCCUUUUGUUUGAGCCAGAUUUGUUGUAAGGGUACUGCAACCACUGUGUCCCCUCCAAUAUCUCUACAAAUCAUCCAUAAAUGAAGAACAGACACCGUUUUUAUAGCAUAAAUGUUGAAAAAGACACAUCAUUUGUAAGUGUCCAUUAUGUUUACUUUUUGUUUGUGCCACCUCCUAAGGACAGGGUUACUUAGUCGACUCCGGUGCUAGUCUUAAAUGUACUAUGUAUUUUCCAGUGUUGCAGAAGCAUAAAAAGAGCAAGUUUUUCACCUCUCUUUUGUUUGUUGAAAUGCCAAUCUGCAGGAUUUUAACAUACUGCAUCACCAUUUAAAUGUGGGACUUGCAUUCGUGGCGCACAUGGGAAUACUAUGCAGUCCGCAUACUUUAUUGUUCACAUUUCUGGGCCUUGUUUGCAUGAGAAUAAACAAAUUUGCUUUUGAAUAAUGCAGUUUUAUGGCAUGCUUUCUGGCUUGUGUACUUGAAUCUAACUCUCUGACGCCCUCCAUUAGCUGGUCUUUCUUCAAGACUUUCACAUGCUGUCCAUCUUAGUGCUUUGUCUCAAGAGCUGGAAUAUCAGAUGCUUACUGUGCUUAUGAUAGCUGACGCUCAAUAAUUAAAUGCCUUUGGGACGGAAUCCACACCAGGGGACCCUUGUGGCCCCGCAGGAGCCCCAAGUCAUCCCAAAGUAUCAGUUCACUAAGGCAGUUAGGCCCCAAAGACCUUUCCAUUCACACAGGCAUUCAUUCUUAAACUUUAUUUUAACUAUAUUAGCCUGCGUAUAUUUAGGUGUAUUAUUAUAAUUAUUUUUUUCGUAAUGUCUUGGUCUCAAAAUCUGAGUUAGAGUAUGUGUGGAGUGUUUUAAUAGCUUUGUUAUAAGACCAUAUUCACAGCAGGACUGGCCGGUUUCACUUGUUUUUGUUCUUUUAAACACAUUUGGUCAUAACUAGUGCAUGUUAGCAUUUCUUUAAUGCAUAGAUAGAUCGAUAGAUAGAUUUGAAUGCAUUCUGAUUCAAACUAGCUAGAAAUAUAUUACUAACAUUAAUAUAAUAUUCCACCAUGUAUUGACUGUUGCAUAAGAUUUGUGCUAGAAAACCCUGUAACAAAAGCCUGUUGUGGAACCUUACUUUAAUGUUGAAUUUUUUACUAAUUAUCAAUGAUUCAAUGAAUUUCCCAGCUAAAAAAAAACAAUAGAAGCCCAAUAGAAACCAUCACAGAAAUUCUAAUGGUUUCCAUUAAAAUACCAUUAUAAACCAUUAGCUUUUGCCAGUAAAACCAUUACAAAAUUCCUUUUUGUAGUGUGUUUUGGGCAUUUUUCCAAUAGGAUUUAACAUCCCACCAAUAGAAUCCAUCACAUUCCAGUAGACACCAUUAUAGUUUCCAUUAAAACCAAUACAAUUCCCAUUAUAACCAUUAAAACCAUUACAGUUUCUAUUGUGUUUUGGGCAGGGUUCUAUUGUUUUUUUCAGCAGGGUUUGAAAUAGCAGCUCCAGUAAAUAUGUAACUUCUUCCUGUUUGUCAUGAAAUGUCUAUGAAAGCCAUAACACACAAGAAGAAGAGACAAAUGCACAGGUACUUUCACCAUUUAGCCAUUAUCUAGCAGCUUACAUGAUACAUUAUACAUGCUACAUUAUGCAUUAUACAGAUAUAUAUUGCCUACAUCAGUGUGAAAUCCUACGCUGCCUAAAAAGCACUCAUUUAGAUCAUGCUAAUGAGCUCUCGUUUAACUCAUGCUGUCAUGUAUAUCCUGGCCAUCUAAAACCUCUGUUUACUUUGGUGUGUCCGACUCCACAACAGCCGUGUCUGGUGUUCCUAGACCCUACUACAUUAGUAUUAUAGCAUCAGCAAACAUGACAUUUGGCUAACAUUCUUUGACCACAUUUUGUUUGUAUACUGUGGAAAAUGGUUUUGAUAUAUAUUCGACAAGCAUUGACUUUCGAGCUUGAUGUUAAUUAAGUUUUGUCAGUCAAAAAUGGAAGUAGUUAGCAGCUCUACCUUGGUAGGUAAUUGCUAUAGGCCUCACAACAUUAGCAUAAUAGCGUCAUCACACCUUAAGUUUGGCUAACAUUCAUGUUUUGACUACAUGUUGUGGAAAAUGGUAUUGAUGUCUAUUAGAAAAGGCACUAGCAUGAACAUGUUGGUGUUGAUUUUAAAACUUGAUGUUAAGCCAAAUAGCAGUAGUAAACAGCUCUUCGUCAGUUACAUAAAACCUCUUCUGUCUUUUAAACGAAUGCACGAGCAUUUCAUAAAAUGUACAUUGCUCAAUGUAACCAACUGACCACAUACGCAGCCUUCAUUUUCUAUGCUGUACGAUUGACCAUCUCCAUCUACUCAACAAUAAAUGACUGUAAUGCAAACUC